GCUGGAACAGCUGCGAGCAGCAACAAACAAGCCAGGCCAGCGGAUACAUAAACAAGCACAAGCUGCAACCCGCUACUACCCCUCGUAGCCAAAACGAACCACCACCACCACUUGCACCACCCAACUACCAAUAACAACAACGCCAGCCCAUCUGUAACUGAAAACCUCCGCAGUUAAUAUUACAAUUCCUAACGAAAACUCCGCCAGCUCCGUCAACAUGGCACUGGACUUUGUGGCCACCUAUAAAGUUCUGGUGCUGGGCGACUCCAAUGUGGGCAAGACCUGCAUCGUCCACAGAUAUUGCGAUGAAAAAUACUACGACACAUACAUCUCAACGAUAGGCAUAGACUUCAAGCAGAAGCUGAUUAACCUUGAUGGCGUGCCUAUAAAGCUGCAAAUCUGGGACACGGCUGGCCAGGAGAGAUUCCGGACAUUGACCACGGCGUACUAUCGGGGCGCCAUGGGCAUCCUACUCAUGUACGACGUGACCAACCUGGAAAGCUACAACAACCUGUCUUACUGGUUACGCAACAUACAGGAGAACGCUUCGCCGGACGUGGUUAAGGUGCUGGCGGGCAACAAAUGCGAGUGCUCCGCCACCCAGCGCAUGGUGGACAAGGAGAGGGGCGAAAAGAUUGCCGAAAACUUCGAUAUGCCCUUCUUCGAGGUGUCUUGCAAAUCCAACAUCAAUAUCGAGGAUGCCUUCCUGUCGCUGGCCCGUAAAAUCCGCGAGCAAAGGGAGCGACGGGGGGACAACUUUGAUAACGACGAGAGCAAAGACAAGAAAUCACCCGGCUCCAAUGGCCUAGGAACCUUCAGUCUGGGCAGCCUUUCCGGCGAGAAUCGCUGCACCUGCUAAAUACUGAGCGAUGGAUUACGAUGCGAUCGCAACCGCAAACCGCAGAACCUGAACAAGUUGUCCAAAGCUAUUGAGCGUUGUAGCAUUGUGGCCAAGUUCGCGAACGGGCCACCUUUUAGAUGCUGCCUGCAUUAAAGUGAAGCGUUCAGAUUGUGCAUUUUAAGGUACACUUAGUCCAAGAGAAGAUAGCAUAAAUGUUUUAGCAUAUUCCAGCAAAUACAUAACGGUCGAUUCCAAUAAUUAUAAUAUAAUGCUAAAUAUAAACACAUUUAUACUCGUAAGAAAUGAAA